AACACCGAUGUUGCUGUGGUGUCAUGGUGAUAGCUUUUUAACGCUUGGCAAAAAGUCCUAACUAGAAUUGAAAUAUCAGUGUUUUUGUUCAAUUUUCAUCCACUCGUACCGACUUCAGCAUAAUCAUUUGGCAUACUUUCAACUACUUAUUCAUUUCCAACAAGGUCGAGAAGGGACUUUGAUGAACAAAAGAUGCCGGCACCAGUGCGGCCUAAGGGCUCCGGCAGCGGAAGCAGGAGCGCUGCGGUGACCCCCAUGUCCGAGAGGCAACAAAUGGCGUUACUGAUGCAGAUGACUUCUUCCAGCGGCAUCAACGAAGCAGGUUCGAGGAGCCCCAGUUCGAGCACUUCGCGGUCCAGAGAGCGCAACGAAAGAGGUGAAACUCCAUUGCAUUUAGCAGCUAUUAAGGGGGAUGUAGAGCAAGUCUGUAAAUUGUUGGCACAUCGUGCCGAUCCGAAUGCUGCUGAUUUCGCUGGUUGGACUCCUUUGCACGAAGCUUGCAACCACGGUUGGUACGAGGUAGCCCUGAGAUUGGUACAGUCAGGCGCCAACGUGAAUGCAAGAGGACUAGAUAAUGAUUCGCCCCUUCACGAUGCUGUGAUAAACGGUCACUUCAGACUCGUUAAGCUUCUAGUUGAACGUGGUGCAGACAUCCAUGCUAAAAACUCCAAAGGAAAAACUCCCCUGGAUGUAGCCCCGCCGGUUAUCAAGCCUUAUCUUCUCAACACCAAUUUGCCUCUACCUGAAAACACGCCGAUCAACCGACCGCAAGCUAGAGCGUCGAGGGAUGACAAAAAAAUUUCGAUCGGCGACUGCCCCACCCCCCCUUCCUCUAGUGGUUCGAAACAACAGAAGGACUCUGCGAUGGACGCCAAAAGUAGUUCGUCUUUAACGGCCACCGAUGAUGUAUACGAAUUCAAAUCCGUGAAAGACGCUGGCGAUUCCUCUUCGGACGACCACAAAGGCGGCGCCGGCAUUCAGACGGACGCGUCGGCGAGCGAUUUGGACGUUUCCGAUCCGCUCAGUCUAUCGGCGUCUGCGUCACAGCCUUCUAACGAUGACGUCGCCGUUCCGACGACCGCCGUCAAGAGGGGAUACUCGGAGGCGACCGACCCGCUCGAGGAGACCGGAGCCGCACCCGGUAGUGCUGCCGGAGCCGAUGAUGAAACACGCCGGAAGAAACGUAAGGAGGAUAAUACGAAAGAGGGCAAGUCGGCCGUUUUGAGGAAUGCUGGACAGAACAAAGGACAAAACAGCAAACAGUCGGCAUCAGGUCAAAACAAAUCGGGACUUUUAAGUUCAGUCAAAGGCAUCGGAGACAAAAAGAGCCCUUGUUCCAGUCCCAAACCCGCAAUUUCAGACGCCGAAGUCGAGGAUGGAAAAACGGAUUUAAAGGUACCUCCUCUGAAAAUAGUCAUCCCGCAAACCACCAGCAGCGAACAAGACACGGGUGCAGGGCGAAACGGCAAGAGUAAUUCCCAGAGGGCACACCCUGCGCUGCCGUAUGUCGUCACCACCUCGAACAGUUCCGAUUCGAACAAUGACAAGGAUUGUUCGCAGGCGGCCAGCACAAGCGCAGAACAAACGACUUCGACUACAAAAGGCGAAGAGAAGAAAGAUGCUGGUACUGGCGGUGCUCCGGAAGAGGCUAAGGUUCAAACGAGCAACGAGACGGAGGCGUCCACGUCGUCAACAGCUUCGACAACCACUGCAGCUGCACCAGCUCCCGUCGAGCUACAUCCCCGCAAAAGGAAGAUGAAGCAGAAUAAGGAUCAAGCGGUGCCGCCCGUAGAGACGCAGGAGACGCCCGCCGAAGCACAGGUACAUCCGCACGAACAGCCCAUCACCAAUUGCUACCAGCUGUAUUUGAAUAUUAGAAAGCAGAUUGCCAAAAGACGCAGGGGACUGUUUCCCGUUCAACCGAAGCCGCCUCAAGGUUUCAAAGAUUACCUGAUGAACCGCUGCACGUACGUCCUGGCCGGCACCGCUCCCACCACCCCCAACGUAACCCACCCCCAAAGCCUGCCCACGCAACUCAAAGAUCUCUUCACCGAACAGGAAAAGGAGAGGUACAGGCUGAGGACGCAGCACGUCAUAGAAAAGGAAAAGCUCGUACUGUCCGUUGAGCAGGAGAUCCUGAGGGUGCACGGCAGGGCUGCUCGAGCCCUGGCGAACCAGGCGCUGCCUUUUUCAGUCUGCACCAUCCUGAGGGACGAGGAGGUGUACAAUCUCAUCACACCCGAACAGGAGGAGAAGGACAGGAAUGCGCGGUCGCGAUAUAACGGUCGCCUCUUUUUGAGCUGGCUGCAGGAUGUUGACGACAAGUGGGAGAAGAUCAAGGAGCACAUGCUGCUGAGGCACCACAACGAGGCAGAGUCUCUGCACGCCGUGCAGAAAAUGGACUGGGAGUGGAAGAUGAAGGAGCUAAGCCUCUGCGACCGCAAGUCCACUCCCAAGAUCGAUGAGACACACGUGCCGAUGGUUCACGUUUCUGACGAUUUUGAUCUGUUACCCGCGUAGGGUUUUUGUUAUAUAUGUAUUUUUUUUU